ACCUAAUCAAUGACUCACUUGGCACGUGGCUCGAUAAAGUUACAACUAGAUAAGCACAAGAAGUUUCUUCUCCACAAUUCAGAGAACCAAAGAAGAUCAUACCUUCAAGUUUCAUGUAUGCUUCAGCAAGGCAGAUGGGACAUGGUUGGCUUGUUUUGGUCGGGAUCGUGGGAAUGAUAUUCGUGCUUGGAUUUGGACAAGUUGCAGCACAAGGGGAAGUGGGGGAACCGGCAUCUAGCUUACUCUGCAUCAGUGAAUGUGAGACCUGUCCGGUGAUUUGCUCUCCAUCACCAGAGCCACUAGUGACCAUAUACGCACCACCUUCACCACUACUGACGCUAUACCCACCACCUCCACCGCUACUGACGCCAUACCCACCUCCACCUCUACUGAAGACAUACCCACCACCGCCAGUUCACCACUCAACUCCACACUCACCACCACCACCACCACCAGCACCUUCUUCAUACCCUUAUGGUGGUACUCCACCUCCUCCCAAGUACUCCGGCAUUCCAUAUCCAUAUUAUCAAGGGCCACCAUAUGUAGGACCCCAUCAGUACCCCUAUCCUUACUACUACUUCUAUUCUUCAGAGGCUUCCUCUGUUUCCUUUUCAGGCUUCAUCUUGGCUUGUAUUGUUGCUCUUCUUCAUUAUUUUGCUGUUCAGUGGUGAAUGUUGUAAAAUUGUGGAGUGGUGAAUGUUGUAAAAUUGUGGAGUGUUAAAUGUAGAAAUUAAAAGCCUUUGUGCUGUUCAUAAAUCUGUGUAUUUUUACCCUUCCUUGAUUCUUCUAAACUUAAGAAAAUAACCUUGAUGUG